AUGAAGAUACUGUUUUUCACUGGACUGCUCUCUCUUACCUCCACUCUUUUCACAACAGCCUCGGAAUUUUCACUGAAUGACUCUGCAAUCAAAACUGUGUCCCUUAUCAAAACCUUCCGGGGAAUUGCAGCAAGAGACUACGAUUACAUCCCCCCUUAUGCUAUAGAAGGGGAGACAACAACGAUCCAUAUCAGAGAACAAAAAUGCUCUUCAAAAAAGUCAAAUGACUCCACUUUAACAGAAGUGAACAACACCACGCUGGAGUACCUGACCAGUUCUUUGAGCACCAAACUAAUACCGUCUGUCUACCUCAGUGCUGUUUUAUUGGGUGUACCAUCUAAUGCCAUCAUUUUGUGGAUGCUGCUAUUCAGGAUCCGGUCUGUGUGCACUGCCAUCCUGUAUACAAACUUGGCAGUUUCAGAUCUGCUCUUCUGCAUCAUGCUGCCCUUCAAAAUAGCAUACCACAUCAAUGGAAACAACUGGAUUUUUGGGGAAAUGAUGUGCCGAACUACGACCGUGGUAUUUUAUGGUAACAUGUACUGCUCCAUUCUGCUGCUCACUUGCAUCAGUGUCAGCCGCUAUGUGGCCAUCGUUCACCCCUUCACCUACAAAAGCUUGCCGAAACGUGCCUAUGCCAUCGUGGUCUGUGCUACCGUGUGGACCAUCGUCUUCCUAUACAUGCUCCCGCUUUGCAUCAUGCAGCAAAGCUAUUAUGUGAAACAACUGGACAUUUAUACCUGCCAUGAUGUGCACAGCGCCUGUGAAACAGUGUCUUCCUUCCAGUUCUACUACUAUGUUUCUUUAGCUAUCUUUGGGUUUUUAAUACCCCUUGCAACUAUUGUUUUCUGCUAUGUCUCAAUUAUACGAACACUCAAGACUCAUGAAUGGUUCUGGUAUGUUAAAGUCAGUCUUUUGAUCCUUACCAUCUUCGCUAUUUGCUUUGUGCCAAGCAAUAUUAUCCUUAUUAUUCAUCACUUCAACUAUUACUAUUACAGUGCAGAUGGGUUGUACUCUUUUUAUUUAAUUGCUUUAUGCCUUAGCAGCUUAAACAGUUGUCUUGAUCCUUUCCUUUAUUUUCUGAUGUCAAAGAUUAGAAGUCAAUCCAAUAUUUAUCUAACAAUGGUUAAGAUAUCCAGGGAAAACUGA